AUGUUUUCACCAGAUCUCGUCGGCGGCUUUGAUGAUGAUAUGCUGACGGAUCUUGCGGGAGAGAACUUCUCCACAGCAAGCCGGCGAAACGACUUGGUAUCCAUGGCUGCACGGUUGAGAGAGGCGUUGGACAUUGCGAAACGCGCUGUACUAUGA